GUCAAUCGCGAUACGGUCUCGAAUAACAACAGUCGUCCUGAUUCAAAAUCACAACCAGAAUUGAAACCGGCCUUGCCUAUUGUCGUCAUUUUCAGCGAUUCUUGUUACUGAGCUGUAGUGGGCUGCUUCGCGACUGAUAUUCGGGAGCGUGGACUACGCUUCACCAUCGAGGUUUGCUUAGCCAGCAACUCCAACAGCCAGUGCAACAAUGACUUCUACCGCAUCGCAAUUCACACCAAACAUUAAGGACAAGCCGGCAGCGGUCCGUCACUUUUUUGACCGGCCUACCCGGAAAAGCCAGCCUGUCCACCUGUCUCGAUCAGUGUCUGGAAGUCUUCCUCUUGCUUCCGAUGGAUCGUCCUCGAGUUUCCAAGACGCCAAACCGAGUGUUCGCAUCGCCGACUCUAUGCAGCUGACGCCUGGCGCGGUGGCCGCUCGGGGUGGUAAAUCUCGAGGAAUGAACCGCUCAUCAUCCUUGCGUGGUCCUCGGGCGCCGGCGGUGGAGCUGAACGCUGCAUCGCUGAGCCACGUUCGACGUCUUUUGAGACAACUGCUAGAAGAGCUGGAGUUCCCUGAUGCGAGUAUGGUCACCAGGUGGGAGAAUGCGUUGAUACCGAUAUUACUCCAGGCUACGGAUGAUUUGGAUCCUGAUGUACGACAAGGUGACGAUAUCGACGUCAGGAACUACGUGAAGAUCAAACGGAUUCCAGGCGCGAAUCCAGACGAUACGUCAUAUCUUUCAGGCGUUGUAUUCACCAAGAAUAUCGCGCUAAAAUCAAUGUCGCGCGAAAUCCCUUCGGCUAAGGUAAUGCUGCUCGGGUUCCCGGUCGAGUACAGAAUUCGCGAGCAACCGGUGUCGAAAGCGCCGAGCUCAAUCUUACUCGGCGGCUCCAAAAAUGCUGAUGUUCCGGAGAGAUCUACGACUGAUGCGGAGUCUGGCAAUGCAAACGAUCCGCUGCAUUUUAUGUCUUUGGAGCCUGUUCUUCAGCAGGAAAAAGAACAUCUACAGAAGCUGGUCAAUGCUAUAACGGCGCGCCAUCCCAACGUCGUACUCACCGAACACAACAUAUCGGGAUACGCUUUGCAGCUGCUCGAGCAACAUGGUAUCGCGGUUGCAUACAACGUCAAUCCAAAAGUACUGAGAGCAGUUGCUCGCUCGACGCAGGCGGACAUCAUUCCUUCCGCCGAAGUGCUACUCAAAGAUCUGGACAAGGGUAGCUUCGACGUAUACCCCAGAGUUGGCUAUUGCGACAAUUUUGAAAUCAAGACGUAUGUGUUGGAGCAAACCAAGAAGAAAACAUUUAUUUUCGUUUCAGGAUGCCCGCCACAGCUUGGAUGUACUAUCGUCUUACGCGGAGGAAAUAUGGAAACUCUGCGGCAGAUCAAGAUUAUCACGGAGUUCAUGAUCUACGUCGUUUAUAAUCUGAAACUCGAGACGUGUCUUAUGAGAGACGAGUUUGUUUUUAUGCCUGCCCCCGCGUCUUCCCAAAUUACAUGCCCGAGAAGGAAGCCAGUGACUGUUCGAAGCGAGUCGACCGCAAUAGUCCCCGUCGCCGCUGAUGAAGAUAAAGUCGAAGAAGACCUCCUGGACACGGAUACUCCGGGAUAUUAUGAUUCUCUGGUGAAGCUACAUGACGAGCGGAUCGUCUCAACAUCUCCAUUUGUGCAGAUUCCCCAGCCGUAUCUGCUAUGGAAAGCCCGGCAGGUCGAGGGUAGAUUGCAGAUCUUGGCCAAGACUACCGCGGAAUUUCACAAGGAGUAUGAAGAGGCCAUGAAGGAUGCGAACGAGGAAGAGGGACAAGAAAUGAUUGAACACGAUAUUGAGAAAUCUUCAGAUUAUGAGACAAACGAUCAAGCUACAGCCACGGCAGAGUUUACCGAUAAGGUAGAGGAAAGCUCAAACGAGGCGCCCCAUGAGACUAUGAACGGCAAGCGUCGCAAUCCUACCACUUCUGCUACUCUGGUACCGAAGCCGGAAGCAACCGAAUCAGUUCUUGACCACAUCAGACCUGAGACUCUCAUGCAGCUUCCUGGACAAGGCGAUAGAAUUGCAGCCGAGGUCAAGCGGGCAGUUCUUCAGCUCGAGCACGACAAGCUUGAAUACGUCUCUGUCAUUCAAAAGCGGCAAUGGGAAACCUAUCUCGCGCAGACCUUACAGUACCUUUUCGAUCCAUUUGCGUAUCAGCACAUCACUAUUCUCUACUCGCUUGUCUGCAAGAUCACCACGGCUCCAUGCACAGGUCCGGAACUUGUAUCUAUUGAAUAUUACCGCGACGGAGACUGCACCUUAGGUCAAUUUAUCGAAGGAAUUUGCGAAAGCGUUGAUCAGCAGUGCUCUGAUGGAUGCACGUACACUCUUGCUCAGCACUACAGGUCUUAUGUCCAUGGUAACGGUCGUGUGAAUGUCAGUGUUGAGAAGAUGCCGUGCCGAAUUCCCGGCAUGGAGAACAAAAUCCUCGUGUGGUCACAUUGCAAUAUUUGUGGAGCCAAACUACCUGCUCUUCCGAUGUCUGACAACACAUGGAAGUAUUCAUUUGGCAAAUAUCUCGAGCUAUCGUUCUGGUCGACCCCAUUGUCUUUGCGCGCUGAUAUCUGCUCCCAUGAUAUCCAUAAAGAUCAUGUUCGCGUCUUCUCGCUCCACGGGCUUGCGGUAAGAUUCGAAUACAAACCCAUCGAGCUGUUUGAUAUCUCGUUUCCUCGGACCAGACUUCUAUGGAAGCCUCAGAUAGACGUGCGCUUACGCGCAGACGAAUAUGUUUCGAUCGAAGAGAGAAUCAACAACUUUUACGACUCGGUGCUUACACGUCUGAAAUCCGUGCGGGUUGACGAGUUUUCCUCGAGCGACCGCACUGAGGAAUGUAAAGCCAGACUUGACAUGCUGCGCGAGAGGGCGACAAACGAGUGCGAUGAGCUCAUCGAUAUGUUGCAAGAGAUAUACAACGAGUCAUCGUACAGGGAAUAUCUGCCCUUGAAUGCUGUGAUUCGGUCACUUCAAGAACGGGUCGUACAGUGGGAUAUCGAUUUCGCGGAUUUCGAUCGCAGUUUUUUCCCGUCAGAGAAAGAUAUCGCUCGUCUGACAGCAAUGCAGCUGAAAAAGAUGUUUCUGGAACGAGAUACGUCGACAGCGUCAUUCAUCUCUGACGAGACGCCGUCUGAACUGACCUCGAAUGUGGAAACUGCGGUUGAACUGAUGCCAGUCAACUCUGAGAUUUCGACGGUCGCGUCAACUAUGCCGGAGAUGACUCCUGCCACCACGAUCUCUACCGUUAAUGAGGCUGGCGAGUUAGCGGGACCUCCUGCGGCUAUAAAUUCAGCCUCUGAUUUUGCUCCUCCAAUGGGAUUUCCGUCUCCCGGACUGCCGGCUAGCAAGUCGGAUCCAAUAACAAAGACAAUCUCACUUUCGGGAGCGGAUAAAGAUCCGACCAGCAAGGAUGAGAAUGCCACGGCAACCGCGAGCGAAGAAGUCGGACUGGGUGUGAGCGGUCCUGAACGCUUACAGGUCAAAACUGACUUACCGAAUGACAGCUUGAGCGUACCUACUGCUAAUGGAGCUGUUACCCCAGCGUUGAAUGUGAUUGCUGCAUCCCCGGUGGACGCGGAAGCUGCUGCCGCUAGCACGACGAUAGUAGCCGCUGCGACUCCAUCCGAGAACGGCACUACUGCAACCCCGUCUCAACCCCAGGCUGCGCGCGGCAGUCUUUCGCGUCGCAAGUAUGUACCCGAGCGUAUCUCGUUACCGCCCGCUCCGCAGUUCAAGCAUCGGUUCACGCAAGGUACGACUCGCGAACUCGCCCGGCAGCUGCAGUUGAGUCGUAGCGGGAGCGACGUGCAUGGUCCGCCGACCUCUGUUGCGGGAAUCGGAUCGAGCUCGACGAUCGGACAGAGCAAAGUGAUUUCACUCGCGCGUCAUUUCGAUCAACUGUCGCGAGAGUUUGAAAAAGAGCGUGCUCGGGAGCGGAAAAAGCUAGCAGAAGGACGUCUGCGAGCGGUUGGAUCUUCGAAGCCUAUUGUUGAAGUGUAUCGCACGAUUGAGGAUGCCGUGGUCGAAGAAGAAGAGGAGGACGAGGAAGAUGAUUUCGGGUCUGAUGAGCAUGCCAAUUCCGACUAUGAGCUGUUUUCCGACUCGGGAACGAUCGGUCGCAGGGGUAAGAUGCGACGGAAGCGUCCGGCGCAAGAACGGACGAGUAAGCCGGAUACUGUCUCGAUUCUCAAAGACAAGCUCAAGUCUGGGGUGACGAACUCGAGUCCGGCGGCUUCGACGGAAGAAGUCGGGACCUCUGAUCGUCCGGCGGCGGUGUCUGACUUGGUGUCACCCGGGAUCAUGUCGCCUUUGCCAUCUGCUUAUUUCCACUCUGCCUUCCCCUCAGAUUUAUCUCAACCAGGACCGAGUGAGCCUCAAGUCAAUGACGAAAGUCUAAAGACGGAGACGCAAGGAGCACAGGAGGAGGCGCCGAAGGAAUCUUCCGAUGCGAAAGAGCCUGCACGAGAAGAGUCCGAAGCGUCUAGUUCGCUGCAGAGCUCUCAGCAAAGUGGCCAAUCGUCGACCUACCAGGCGCCGUAUCAGCAGGACAUUCCACCGGUGCCCGAAAAGGUGUCGAUAAUGACGAUGCUGUCUAAUUUCUGGGCCGAUAGAUCUGCCAGUGGCUGGAAACCGCUCGAGUAUCCGUUACAGCCGUCUGAGCAUAUUUUCAUGGAUUCGGAUGUGAUUGUGCGUGAAGACGAGCCGUCGUCUUUGAUUGCGUUUUGUCUGUCUUCGCCUGAUUAUAUGGAGAAGUUGCACCAGAUCCGGAGGACGGAUGAUCAGGCUUAUGACUCGAGUUCUUCGGAUGACGAGAUCAAGCCCGUGUAUCCACCUCAGCCGCAUAAAGAGUUUUACACGCGACAGAGAAGCACGAGAGCAGCAGAGGGUGGUUCAACGACGCCGACAUCAUCUCAUAAUGGGCAUCCUAAGACUCGGGAGGAGUUAAAGAGGUGGCUGUUGAAGGAGACCGGUACUCAUCUGAAGUACCAAUUCCAGGAAGGAUCAGCAAAGCUGUCGUGCAAGAUCUUUUAUGCGGAACUUUUCGACGCGUUCAGAACGUUGUGUGACUGCGAAGAGAGUUACAUCCAGUCGCUUUCCCGGUGUGUCAAAUGGGACUCUGCAGGAGGAAAGUCUGGAUCUGCGUUUUUGAAGACGCUGGAUGAUAGGCUUGUGGUGAAGCAAUUGUCGCCAUCCGAGUUGGACGCGUUUGUGAAGUUCGCCCCGUCGUAUUUCCAGUACAUGGCGCAAGUAUUCUUUCAUGAUUUGCCGUCGGUGAUUGCAAAGAUCAUGGGGUUCUACCAGGUGCAAGUGCGGAAUCCGAUCACGAACAAGUCGAUGAAGAUGGAUAUCCUUGUUAUGGAAAACCUGUUUUACGAUCGUAAGCUUUCGAGGAUCUUUGAUUUGAAGGGAUCUAUGCGCAAUCGGCACGUGGAGCAAACCGGGAAGGCAAACGAGGUUUUGCUUGAUGAGAAUAUGGUUGAAUAUAUCUUUGAAUCACCGCUGUUUGUGAGGGAGUACGCAAAGAACAUUUUGCGGGCAUCACUGUGGAACGAUACUCUGUUCCUAGCCAAGAUGAAUGUGAUGGAUUACUCUCUAGUGAUUGCAAUCGACCACGAGCGAAACCAGCUUGUGGUUGGCAUCAUUGAUUGCCUGCGUACGUUUACAUGGGACAAGAAAUUGGAAAGCUGGGUCAAAGAACGCGGUCUUGUUGGCGGAGGCGGCAAGAUUCCGACCGUGGUCACCCCUCGACAGUACAAGAACCGGUUCCGAGAAGCGAUGGAGAGAUAUGUUCUGAUGGUUCCUGACUUUUGGCAUCAUUAGAUUCGGUUUUUUUUUGGUUGGUCGGGCAGGAGUUUUAAUCUUUUUUUGCAUAGUUGAGCGGAGGUUGUAUUUCUAAAGAAUGAAUUUUGAUAGCUGUUGCUUUGAUAUCGAUGGAUCCCGAAAACGGAAAUCAAACAGAGCACUCUGCGCGCACGCAUGCUUAUAUUUUGCAAUCUUCCAUUCUCUCUGAAUACCUAAGAAACCCACCCCGGGCAACUAUAUGUAUAAACAACCAACAAAAGAGCUACUAGA